CGAUUUAAAAAAACAAGAGAGAGAGAGACAAAAAAGAAAUACCGGGAAAGAAAAGACACAUCAAGACACACCGAGACCAAUCACCGAGCAUCAUGGACUCGACCAAAUCGUCUACGGAGCAGCAGCAGCAGCCCCAGACCCAGACCAAGACGUACCCCAUGGUCUCGCCCUCCACACUGGCCUCGGCCGCCAGCAUCGAAUCGGGCGGAGCUAAGGACUCCAACACGAGCACUACUACCGAGCGAGCCCUGCCGCUCGCGCACACCCGUCGGUCAUCUCACCACUACGAAAGCGAUCUCGCCCACCACUUGAGGCGUGCGUCCGGCGAAGCUCCGACCGCCGAGCUCAAGGAUCUCCAGAAGAAGUUCCACCAGCGGCGCGAGAGCUACAAUCGCGAGGACCAAAAGCACGCUCAGUACGCCUACAUCAUGGGCAAGGACGAAAAGGAGAAGGAGCAGGCGCAACUUGUAAGAAGAGCAUGCGUCUCUGUCUUGGGUGGGGCCGGAGUAAUAUUCUGUCUCAGGUUUCUUUUGCCGAUGCGGUCCGGCCAUUGCAGUUUCCUUUUGAUGUUGAUGUCGCUGCCGCUCAACGGUUAUGACCCAGUCAGUCAGUCAGUCAGUCAAUUUUCUUUGGUUUCUGAGUAGGAAAAAAAGGGAGGAUCCUUUCACUUGUUCUCGCUCGCUCACCGGGGCGGACGGGGCGGGCGGAGUUGUGGGAAUGAGUUAAUGAAACGAAUCUCCUGUUGUGUUUUUGGUUGUCCCCCUGUGACCAAGAAAUAAUUAUGGAGUGCGAGGAUGGAUGAUGGGGCGUGGAGGAAUUUUGCCACCUCUAUGUAUCAUCAUCAUCGCAAUCAUCAC